GUCCCACCCCUCCUCCACUCUCGUCUUAGUCUUGGUCUCUCGCCCUGUUACUACUUGCUACAGCGUUCUUCCCUUUUUUCCCCCCUUACGCGGUACUCACACGUCCCCUUCUUUCGUUUUUCUCCGUUAAGAAUUUCUUUACCAUUCACCAACAAAUCUUCCUCUUUUUUAUCAACCGUGGACCUCAACCAGCGCUUUUUCUCAUACACUUGCUGAACCUUGAACCAUCCUAUUCAGAGACACGGGGAAAAGUCUUGAUUUCAGUACACAUUCACAACGAUUGAGAGAAAGAUGCUGGAAUUCUGCCGAAGGCCACUAGAGACAUGCUUUGGUGGAGGAGGCAACGACGAGCUUCUCUGGCAUAAGGACUUGAAACCCCACGCUUUAGGCGACUAUUCAAUUGCUAUAGUUCAAGCUAACUCGUUUCUGGAAGACCAAGGUCAAGUGCUUACCUCUCCUUCUGCAACUUAUGUCGGGAUAUAUGACGGACACGGCGGGCCUGAAGCUUCCCGUUUUAUCACCAGCCAUCUCUUCGCCUUUCUCCAAAAGUUUACUUCUGAAGAAGGUGGGUUAUCGGAGGACGUGAUAAAGAAAGCCGUUAAUGCAACGGAAGAGGGAUUCUUACAGCUGGUGAAGCAAUCAUGGACUAGUCAGCCACAGAUUGCUUCGGUGGGUUCAUGUUGUCUUGUGGGGGUGAUUUCAAACGACGUUCUUUAUGUUGCCAACGUUGGGGAUUCUAGGGCAGUUCUGGGAAGGAAAGUUAAUUGUUCUGUCGUGGCAGAGCGUUUGUCCACUGAUCAUAAUGUUGCAGUGGAAGAUGUUAGAAAGGAAGUUAUGGCACUUCACCCCGAUGAUGCGCACAUUGUGGUUUACGUUCAGGGAGUUUGGAGAAUCAAGGGCAUUAUUCAGGUGUCAAGAUCAAUUGGAGAUGUUUAUCUAAAGAGACCUGAGUUUAAUAGGGAUCCUCUGUUCCAACAAUUUGGAUACCUUGUGCCUUUAAAGAGACCUGUAAUGACAGCUGAACCAUCAAUAUUGACCCGAAAAUUGAAGCCAGACGACAUGUUCUUGAUAUUUGCAUCUGACGGGCUUUGGGAGUAUUUGACCGAUGAAGCUGCGGUUGACAUCAUCUUCAAAAGUCCAAGACUGGGAAUAGCGAAGCGAUUGGUGAGAGCUGCACUGGAAGAGGCUGCAAAGAAAAAGGGAAUGAGAUAUAAGGAUUUAACUAGAGUUGAGAAAGGUGCUAGGCGCCAAUUUCAUGAUGAUAUUACAGUGAUCGUCGUAUACUUGGAUCACUCACAGGACUCUCUGAGUGGGAUGUCGAAACGUCAUGGUGUCUGUGACAGCACUAGUGCUCCUGUUGAUAUCUUCUCUCUAAAUGCGGAAGAAGAUGAUCUCCAAGUUGAAUGAACCUUUGGCACUUGUGUCUUUGCCACCUGUACAUAACAAUUGUCCACAUGAAGGACUAGGUAUCAGUAGCUGGAGAAACAUUAAUUGAGAACAGACAAGCGGAAGAGGCUGUGCACAUGAUAUGCAUGCUGUGUCUGAUUAGCCAAUCCCCAACUUAAAUCCCUUGUGUGUGUGUGUGUGUGUGUGUGUGUGUGUUUUUUUUUUUUUUUUUUGAAUUUCACGUUGGAUAAAACAAGAUUAAUCAAUCAAUUUAUGAACUUAUGAUUCCAUCUUC